AUGGCACCUCCAGGCCCCAUCACUACACCACUUACAUCCCUGCUGGGAAUCAAGCACCCCAUCAUCCUCGCCGGUAUGGCUAGGGUGUCUGGUGGUCGUCUUGCAGCAGCUGUAUCCAACGCAGGCGGCCUCGGUAUAAUUGGUGGUUUCCAAUACACACCUGAUCAACUCCGAGAGAUCAUCAAAGAAAUGAAGGACAACUUCUCACGACCUGACCUACCCUUUGGUGUUGACCUCGCUUUGCCUCAGAUUGGAGGCAAUGCACGUAAGACCAACCACGAUUACACUGGUGGAAAGUUGGACGAGUUGGUGGACAUUAUCAUUGACAGUGGUGCCAAGUUGUUUGUCAGUGCUGUUGGCGUACCACCACCUCAAGUGAUUAAGAGGUUCCAUGAUAAGGGUAUCUUAGUCAUGAACAUGGUUGGCCAUCCUAAGCAUGCAACGAAAGCGCUCGAGCUCGGAGUUGACAUGGUCUGCGCUCAAGGUGGCGAAGGAGGAGGUCACACAGGAGAUGUAGCAAACUCCAUCCUCAUCCCCGCCGUCGCAGACGUUGCUUCCAAGUACCACCCUCCCCUUCUCAAGGGCCUUCCCGCGAUGGUCGUUGCAGCCGGAGGUAUUUCCUCUGGAAGGAGUCUUGCCAGCUCAUUGAUGCAGGGCGCUGUGGCCGUAUGGGUAGGCACACGGUUUGUAGCCUCUGUUGAAGCAAGCUGCAGUGAAGAGCACAAGAAGGAGGUUGUUUCAUGUGGAUUCGAAGAUACGCAGCGAACGCUUGUUAUUUCUGGACGACCUCUGAGAAUGAAGACAAACGAUUAUAUCAGGAAGUGGCAUGAGCAGCCAGAUAAGAUCAAGGAGUUGUGCGAUAAGGGUGUUGUACCAAUUGAGUACGACUUCGAGCAGGGCAACGAUUUCGAUAUCCCACAUUUGAUGGGCCAGGUUGCCGGAGCCAUCACAAAGAUCCAGCCUGCUGGGGAGAUCGUUGAUGAGAUGGUCAAGGAGGCUGUUGAUAUGCUCAAGUUGGGAGGGACAUACUUGACAGCUAUCCCGAGACUUCUGCAGGAGAGCGUCUCGUCCAACACAUCCAUUUCUGAUGAAGAGACGGAACACAUCCCUUGCGAAUCAUGUGCCGUUCCUCCAGAAAGCCUUGAGAAUGUCAUCCCUGCAUUUGACAAUAAGACGAAUCAGUUCGUUAAAAUGCCCGACACUGACUACAUCUUCAUCUCUCUGGAUUUCCAUCAAAUCUGCAGGAAAGAGCCUAGCGUAUCGUUGAACGAACCGCCGUAUAGACAUGAUCCCGUCGUCGAAGCCGGGAUCGCAUACCUUGAUAUGCGAGACAUUUUGUAUGGCCGUGGUAAGGGCGUCAAACCUGGAGAUCGUGGGUCGUCCUGGUUCAAGUACAUGACUCCGCUCCACUAUAUAGUGGAAGAGUUCGAGAACCAAGAUGGAUCAGAUCAAUCACCAUACUUGUUCGCUUUUGGCCGAUCAAGAAGAGUUCAGCAGAAAGAUCUUGCUUACCGAUUAUAUCGAGUCUUUGCAUCGUUGAAAAAGAAAAAUCGACGGAACGAUGAGGUCGAGCAAGGAUGUCUUCGACAGCUCAUUUUGUUGACCUUUGACGCAGAGUCCGUCAAAACUGCGCUUCUGCAACUUGGUUUGGAGUGGCUGGCAGAACCGAAUGUUCAGAUAUGGGACUUGAAGAAGGAGAAGCAGUUUGAGACACGCCUUCAACAACCCGCAGUAUUUGAGCAUGUUCUGGAGCGCCUGGGUAUUCGCUUUGAAGACACUCGAUUUGGAAAACUCUCGUCAUGCUCGGGGAAUGCAACUGUCUUUACGAUUCAGGUGAUCCUUGCAUUCUUCUAUAGCGACGAACGUCAAAAAGCCUUGUUUGAGGACCGCAGACCAUUGAGAUGGCUACGGUAUACUUGGGUAGGCCACUCAUUAGAUCAGCUGAAUUUGGCACCCGGAGAGUUACCAAAGCGAAGACGUGAUAGCGAGAUGAAUCGCCAUGAUGUGCCUCAGAAGAAGAAUGAGAAGGCGUUUGGAUGCAGAAUUAUCAAGCAUAUCAUCACCGUGACCAACAGCAAGGUUGCUUAUAAGAAUAUAGCCCACAAUAAGUUUAUCAACGACAAAUCCUCAGACGACAAGAUGGCGGACAACAAGAUGACCGGCGGAAAAGCUAGCGAUAACAAACUGACCAAAAAGAUUACGCCAGAGAAAAAGGCAACAGAAGGAGAAAAUACUCAAGAGACAUCGAAAGACAAUGAGACGACCGACGCCCAGUCGGCUGAGGAUGAGAUCGUGAAAUUAUCAGUCAUACGGCAACACUUGUCCGUAGAAGUACCCGAUCUGUUCUUCAAUGUGUUGGCAAAGGAAGGCCUAGGUCUCCCCAGUCAAUUCUGCUACCCAAGUGCAUACGAUUGGCUGAAAAAGGUCGUAUGGAGGUUCCACGAGAGGACGCAAAGUUUGAUGACUCUGCAAUUCGCCUGCCUUCGCUUUUGCUGCGCUGCCUGUCGAAAACCUUGCCAGGAUGCCAAAACCAUGGAACCAGUGAAAGGACACGCUGACCAUCUUGACCGAUGGACAACCAAAGCACGCCAAAUUACUGGGUAUGAGAAACUCUGGGCGAGGUGCGGUCAUCUACAUGGUAUGAAAGAUGAAGAUCUCGGUAACAUUACACCGGCAAAGGAAUUUACAGACAAAUUGGAAGGGAGAGUAGCUGAAAAUGCCAAGGUCCUGCGAAAGUUGUUGGAAGAAACGCCUGAGCCCUCCUUCACCGAGCAGUACUACAGGGGAAGGGGUAUUCCCCGCGAUGAAAGACCUAUUUAUCGUUCGAUGCUUGAGUUCUUCAUUGACAAAUUCGAUUAUUUCGUUGAGGUUGAAGGCGAUGAGGACGAGGAAAUUGACAGCAGUAAUGAAGGGGAGGAUGGGCGUGAUGGCGACUAUGAACUCCCUCAAUUGAAAGUUAACCCGCCUACACCGCAGCGUUAG